CUGCUACUCGCCUUCCUGCUGGGAUGCUGCCGACUGUCGUCUGCCUUCAACCUGGACACCGAGGACGUCCUGCGCAAGAACGGAGAGCCGAACAGUCUCUUUGGCUUUUCCAUGGCCAUGCAUCGGCAGCUCCAACCUGUGGAUAAGAGAAUGCUAUUGGUGGGGGCCCCGAGAGCCAAAGGCUACAGCAGUCAAACGGCCAAAGUGACGGGCGGUCUAUACAGCUGUGACAUGAGCUCACCCGCCGCAGGCUGUGUGCGAGUCAACUUUGAUGAAGAUGAGGACACCAACAGCGAAAGCAAAGAGAACCAGUGGAUGGGAGUGACUGUCAACAGUCAGGGGCCAGGAGGCAAGAUUUUGACGUGCGCUCACCGAUACCAACGCAGGACCAACGUGAGGACCCCCAUCGAAUCCCGCGACAUCAUCGGCCGCUGCUAUGUGCUGAGCCAGGAUUUGCAAAUCGACCCUUCAUCCGAGGAGGAUGGCGGAAGCUGGCAUUUCUGCAACAACAGGCCGCGAGGUCACGAGCUGUUCGGCUCCUGCCAGCAGGGCCUCUCGGCCACAUUUGACAAGGACUACCAUUACCUCAUCUUUGGAGCUCCUGGAGCAUACAACUGGAAAGGUGUUGUACGUCUGGAACAAAAGAACUUCACACUUAUAGAGUUGGGCAUUUACGAUGACGGCCCUUUCGAGGCAGGGGAUGACAAGGAAAUGAACCCCGAACUCGUCCCCGCUCCUGCCAGCAGCUACCUCGGUUUUUCUCUGGAUUCCAGCAAAAGUCUGACCAAGAAAGGCCAGCUGACAGUAGUGGCAGGAGCGCCCAGGGCCAACCACAGCGGCGCCGUGGUGCUGCUCAAGAAAGGUCCCGAGGACACCAACAUCUUGCUGCAAGAGUACACGCUGGAAGGGGAGGGGCUGGCCUCGUCUUUCGGCUACGACUUGGCCGUGCUGGACCUCAACGGGGAUGGCUGGGAUGACAUAGUAGUGGGAGCGCCUCAGUACUUUGAGAAGGACGGCGAAAUCGGAGGAGCCACAUACGUCUUUGUAAACAAAGGCGGCAAAUGGGAUAAGGUCACCCCCACAAGAAUAGAUGGAGCUCAGGACUCCAUGUUUGGCCUGGCUGUGGAGAAUCUGGGAGACAUCAACCAGGAUGGUUACCAAGAUUUUGCAGUAGGAGCCCCUUAUGAUGAUGACAAAUCAGGAAAUGUCUACAUCUAUCAUGGAUCAGACAAAGGACUUGAAUCCACCAAAGCUGCACAGAUUUUGUCCGGCAAGCCUUCAGGAGUAACUUUGUUCGGAUACUCUUUGGCGGGCAACAUGGAUCUGGACAAGAACUCCUACCCUGACCUGGCUGUUGGUUCUCUCUCCGAUGCCGUCUUUGUCUACAGAGCCAGUCCAGUCAUUGCCAUCAAAAAGGAAGUAAGCUUCACGCCAAAGGAAAUUGACCUGACAAAGAAGAACUGCGGGAAUAACUUCUGCAUGAACGUUGAAGCUUGCUUCACCUACACUGCCAACCCAACGAGCUAUUCUCCCAGACUAACUGUGGCAUACACCAUGAAAGUUGACGCUGACCAAAGGAAGAAGAAUCUCAUCCCCAGGGCCGCCUUCACUCAGCAGUCAGGGUCUGAAAGCAGCUACGAGUCCAAAGGCACUGUCGUCCUGGACACCAAAGGAAGGAAACAGUGCAUCACACGCCAGCUGGCGAUACAGGACAAUAUUCGAGACAAACUUCGAGGUGUUCCCAUCGACGUGGACGUGGAGAUCCAGAAUGCCAAACGCAAACGUAGACAGAACUCAGAUGAAGUGCCACCCGUGCUGGACGCUAAAGAUAAAAUACCAACACGUGGAGAGGUGCAAUUUGUCAAAGAGGGCUGCGGCAGUGACAAUAUUUGCCAUAGUAACUUAAAAGUGGCGCAUCGUUACGGCUACAGGACAACCGAUGACGACACUUUCAAGCCAUUACCAUUGGAGAACGGCCUUCCGGUGAUCUCGAUGAGCAAACAGAAGGACAUUGCCUUGGAGGUCAAGGUGACCAAUCAGAACGGAGAUGACGCACACGAGGCAUCGGUGGUUGCUUCCCUGCCGCAGGCCCUCACAUACUCGACGUUCCGUGGCCCGCCUAAUGCUGUGAAUUGCAUGGCCAAUAAGAACGGCUCGAUCGCGACGUGUGAACUUGGAAAUCCAUUCAAACGGGAUUCAGAGACGACCUUCUACAUUAUUCUGGGAACAGCAGGCAUCUCGCUGAACACCACUGAGUUUGAGAUUGAUCUUCAACCUAAAACAACCAGUGAGCAGGCCACACUAGCCGCUGUUAAAGCCAAAGCAAAUGUGGCCAUCACAUUGCAGCUGACUAUAACAGGGCAAGCUCAGCCCUCACAGGUGCAAUAUUCAGGAAAGAUCAAAGAUCACAACGCCAUGAAGACGGAAAGUGACAUGGGAAUUCCCCUUACACAUCAAAUCAGAAUUAUUAACAUCGGGAGGCGCUUGAGUGACGUGGGCACGGCCUCCCUGCACAUUGACUGGCCCAAAACCACCGAGCAGAACAAGUUGCUGCUCUACCUGACCAAAAUAAGUGCCACGGGUGUGGAUCAACUUGAGUGUACGCCCAAAGCGGAGAUCAAUCCUCUUAAAAAGGAAGUCAAGAGGAUGAAAAGAGCCACCGAAAAGUACGAGGAAAGUGAUGAAGGAAUUAUUUCACGUUUGGUGGACAAGAGGAAAUCAAAGAUUUUGUCAUGUGACGACGGGGCCAAGUGUGUGAAGAUCAAGUGUCCCCUGCGAGGACUGGACAGUAACAUAGUCGUCACACUUCACUCGCGCCUUUGGAACAGCACGUUGUUGGCGGACUACAACAAGUUGCAUCACGUGGAGGUGAUCGUCAAGGCAGUUCUGCAUGUUGAAAGUACAAGAAAGAACAUGGUACUGCAGAAUGCAGAAACACAGAUGAGAGUGACGGCGUUCCCCGAGAGGCAUGAAGCACGAUCUGGAGGCGUUCCAUGGUGGAUCAUUUUCUUGUCUGUUCUUCUGGCCUUGCUCUUGCUGGCACUUUUGAUUUUCCUUCUCUGGAAGUGUGGAGUCUUUGGGAAAAAGAACAAACGGGACUACUCAGAAAAACAGAAGCUGACAACAAAUGCGUAA